UAUUUGUCGAACAUCCGUGUUGCUACAUUUCAAUCUGUUGCAUGCCAUUUAAAGCCCCACUGGGUGGCUUUGAGCCCCAACUUCGCAUUCAAUCAUAUCUGCGACUAACAAAGCAGUGACAUGGCAUACAAGUAACAAGAGUGAUGGCCACUUAUCAAUUACAGAAAACUGAUUUCAACGGACUUCUGAUGAGUCCAUAUAGUUUCGAAUGCAAACCCAUUCACAUUCCGGGAGAUCAAGAGAUCAAACUCCAGUGACACGCUAGGAACACAAACAAUACCAUGUCGUGGGUGUAAUUAAAAUUGGACGGCCAUAAAGUUCCAUAAUAUUUCCGACAUUUAGAGCGGUCUAAUGGAUGACCGUCUGGCCAGUGGAGUUUCAGCAAUCAAUUGAGCCGAACGAUCACUGAUCGCUGCAGCCAAAUACCGCUUAAUGCGCAAAUAAUUGUGGAUUUCGGGGGAAACGAGGCCAGCGAAAGUUCCAUAUAAAUAGGGGUUAGGCCGUCCAGGAGUUUUCAAACUCAUCCAAAACGUGGAGUGAACAGAAUGUUGCGUCUGAUCUGCGUGUUCCUGCUCAGCUGCGUGGGCUUCCAGGCAGCCUUGGCUUGUAAUGGCUACAAAGCCAAGCUGGUCAAGAUGGAGAACUGUGCCGGCGAGGAUGCCAUUAUGACGGUGGGCAGUGACUUCAGCCUGAAGCUGAACAAGAAGUGUGAGCUGAUACCCUCGGGCUGUAUCAUCAACAAGCCCUUCGGCACCGCCGUGGCCAAGUUCAAGGUCCAGAAGGAUGGCAUCGUGAUGAAGGAGGGCAAGAUCGAUCUGUGCGCCGCCAUUGACCAGGCCACCACCGAAGGCAAGGAUAUGCUGAAGCUCUUCGGAGCACCAUCCUCCUGUCCAGUGGCCGAGGAGAAGGUGUGCGCCAACGAUCACUCCGUGGAUCUGAGCAAGUACAAGGCCAUGUUGGGCAUGGCUCGCGGUCACCUCAUCAUCGAUUCGGAGGUCAAGCAUGACACGGGCAAGUCCUGCAUGCAUGCCGAAAUCGAGAUCACCAAGAACUAGUGGCGGAAUCCGAUCGGUGGUCUUAUGUUUGUGUUAUGAGUCUUGCAAAUCAUGUAGUUGUAAAUACGAGGGCAAUCAAAACUGGUAAUGCGGUGCACACACAGUGAUUAAAUAUACAGAAAAUACCGAAUUGAAA